AACAGCUGCCUGAAUAUUGAUUAUAGCUGCUUUAAAAAGAGACUUGUAUACAUGCCAGUUUGGACUCCACUGUAUUUUGGACUUGCGGGUAGAGGUGGCAGCUUAAUUACAGUUUGUCACAGGUUUGAUCCCCACAGAGACGAUGUGUGUACACAUAUAGAAACACAAUCAUGUGCAGGCUGGCCACACAGUGUGACAUGACUUGUGUAAUGUGUUUCUGUGCAUGUGUCCGUCCAUCCGUCCAUAAAGCUGUAAGUGCAGAAACAGCACUACACUUCUGCCUGAGUAGCUAUACUCAGCGUUACCAUGGCAACAGUAUCACCUCUUCCCUCGCCUGCUGAGGCUCUUUUUUUUAUAAUGUCUGUCAGUAUCCUCUCUGUUCUCUCAGUUUAAUUCACUUCUUUUUAGUUUGAAUACUGGUUUUCCCACUGUAUCACCGAAUGACACUCAUUCUAUUGAGAACAAUUUAGAAAAUAAUAUUUCAUAUGCUCAGAGCUUUUAUUUUUUUUAUAAUUUAGUAUUGCAGCUACAUAAAACUGUGAUGAAAUACAUGACAAACAUUUGAAGACACGCCACCAUCAGGAAAACAAGACCUAAAUCAAAAACAGCAGAAAUGGUCCUUUAAAUUUUAACAGCCCAGUUGCAGUCCAGUCGGCUGUGAAGUUGGAUAAAUCCCAAUUAAUCAGCUUUUUUAUGCAGAUGACACAUUUUUCUUGAAUUAUUUUGGUUUUCUCAUAAAAUUCCGACCUUAUUUUCAUAAUAUGAUUUUUUUCAUAGUUAUGACUUUAUUCUCAUAUUAAAACUUUUCCUUCAUAAUAUUAUAACUUUUUUCUCAUAAUUUAAGAUUUCUUUUUUUCCCUCAAUGUGGCCCUAAUUCUCUAACUGUAGUUAGAGUAGAGAAGCUGCUCUUGAAAUUUGUGAUAUAUUGUUAUAUAAAUAAAGUUGACUUGACUGCUGUUGGUUCUACGGGCUAAAGGUGCCUUUAAUAAUCUACUAUUAUUAUAAUUACGUUUUUAUUAUUUAACAUAAUUAGAAAGAAAUCAUGUUUCAUUAAUUAAAACCUGUAUUCACACCCUCUUUGUGCUUGUUCUGUAUCCCUGUAGUAGUGUAGUCAACCAGACAGGACAGGUCUCCUCCCCCUUGCAUCAUCAUCAUCAUCAUCAUCAUAACACGGAAGCAGUAGACAGUCAGAGGGGGGCAGGAGACGCAGACACAGGGGGGAAGGUCCACACAGGUGAAAACGGGGUUAAAGGCAGACGGAGAGACAGGUGGAUAUCGGUGCAGAGAGGUAAAGGCGGGAAGGUGAACUCAGUCACAGAGCGAACAUCAUGGCGUUGAUCCCCUCGCAGGUUCUCCGGGUCGCCAUCCUGCUGUCGUACUUCUCCAUCCUCUGCCACUACAAAGCUCUGGACAUGCCGGCACACCAGACCUACGGCGGCAGCUGGAAGUUUCUGACCUUCAUCGACCUGGUGAUCCAGGCUGUGUUUUUCGGCGUGUGCGUCCUGAUCGAUGUGUCCAGUCUGCUGACGAAGGGAGGCGACAGCAGGGAGCAGGAGCGGCAGCUGAGGAAGCUGAUUGGCCUGAGGGACUGGAUGAUGGCCGUGCUGGCCUUCCCUGUCGGAGCGUUCGUGGUCUUUACGUUCUGGAGUCUGUACCUGUACGACAGAGACCUGGUCUACCCCAGACUACUGGACAACUUCAUUCCUCAGUGGCUCAACCACGGCAUGCACACCACCGUUCUCCCCUUCAUCAUCAUCGAGAUGCGGACCACCCACCACCGGUAUCCCAGCAGGACGUGGGGCGUGGCGGCGGUGUGCUGCUUCGGCGUGGGAUACAUCCUCUGGACGUGCUGGGUGCACCAGGUGACAGGUGUGUGGGUGUACCCGGUGCUGGAGCGCAUCACCCCACUGGCUCGAGUCGUCUUCUUCAGCGCCAUGACGGUGGUGAUCUGUGUCUUCUACGUGCUCGGGGAAAUCCUCAACAGCUACAUCUGGGACCACACACACACAGAAAAGGUCAAAGGUGAGUGACCCCCCCCCUCAGCUGUGUGGGUUUCUAAAUCGGCUUGGGUCGGACAGAGGAGGGCGAACGAGCCCCGCCCACCCAGGACAGCACAAGAACGAAAACAAACGACCUCUCUGGAAUGACCUUUGAACUGUAUCCAUGACGACAACUCUAAAAAUAACAGAAUCAUCAUCAGCUUAAUGUAAAUAAGGAAAAAACAACAGAUGAAGCUUGAAACCUUUUUUUUUUUCUGCUUUGUUACGUUGAGGACGGUAAACACAC